CACAAAUCCAAUCUGAAAUCUAUAUAUUUUGACGUGCAUAAGAGCAAAGAAGCUAAUUACAAAAAUGUUCCAGAAGGUGUGAUACCUGAUCAGUGGAUUGCGCUUGUCAAUAAUUGGAUGACCAUGAAAGCACAGGAUAUAAGUGAGGCGAAUAGGAUAAACUGUGCUAAGAAAAAGGCAAUUCAUACAACUGGGACGAAGAGUUUCGCUCGAAACAGAGAAGAAUUGAGAGAACAAGAUCCUGAAAAGAAAAACCCUCAUAGGGCUGUUUUGUAUAUCCAUACACAUCGGGCUAACAGCAGCAAGAACAUUAAUGCACAUGUGGGUGAUUUGAAGGAUCUGUUAGUACAACAACCGGAUUUAGCAGACACUAGUCAAGGUAAGGUUGCAUGGAAAGGAGAUGCACUAACCAGAAUUUUAGGAGAAGAGAAGCCUGGCCGUGUCCAUGGUCUGGGCCUUGUUCCAAAUCCAGACAAAGUGUUAGACUGCUCUAAAUCAGGUCGUCUAAAGCAUCUAAAUAUAACAUCUUUGGAUCCAACGUCAAGUGAAGAUGUAGUAUCUCUCAGAGUCCAGGUGGAAAAACUUGUAAAUCAUGUCCAGAACUUGGAGCAGAAGACUAGAGCUUUGGAACAACAGCAAAACCAGCAUGGAGGUUCAGGUGAUCCUUUGUCCGCAACAACAAAUGCUCAAAAUGCUUCGAUUCGAAAACGAGUAUAUGUCGAACCACCAAGUCAAGAGUACGGGAUGCAUGAUGGUGAUACACUUAAUUACACAAUGGGGGAGCAAAUCGAUGAUGAUGGGUUCCAAGAUUUGCAAUCAAGCUACAAACGGAACUACGCCGCAGAGAAGAUGAAUGCAGCAAGGAUUAGAGAAGGGAAUAUAUUAAGGCCUGAUAGAGUUGCUACUGCACAUAAGGGAGGUUCAGGUGAUCCUUUGUCCGCAGCAACAAAUGCUCACAAUGCUUCGAAACGAAAACGAGUAUAUGUCGAACCACAAAGUCAAGAGUAUGGGAUGCAUGAUCGUGACACACUUAAUUACACAAUGGGGGAGCAAACUGAUGAUGAUGGGUUCCAAGAUCUGCAAUCAAGCUACAAACGGAACUAUGCCGCAGAGAAGAUGAAUGCAGCAAGGAUCAGAGAAGGGAAUUUAUUAAGGGCUGACAGAGUUGCUACUGCACAUAAGGCCAAACCAAGAGAGUUCCAAAUAGAAAAUAGAGUUGACAACAAGCGUGCCAAUGCAUCAAAGGGUAUGAACAAGGAUGCAACAUCUAAAUGCUCACAACAAAUAAACUAUGAGGUUGCAAAGAGUGUCAGCUAA